AGUGGGUUGCGAACGUCUCCCUUUUCUAACCUCAAAAAUGCGCGAGAAGAUCGUAGUGUUAUAUCAAAGUGGGCUAAAUUUAAUCUAAAAUAAUUGUUCUAGUGUCCAAAAGUGUACAAUGCCGUCGAAAAAAAGAAAAUAUAAUGCUAGGUUUCCAGCGGGACGAAUUAAGAAAAUUAUGCAGCAAGACGAAGAGGUGGGGAAAAUGGCACAAGCCGUGCCGAUUGUUAUCUCUCGGACCCUGGAGCUCUUUGUGGAAUCCCUCCUCGGCAAGGCAAUGCAGGUCACUGCACAACGGAACGCCAAGACGCUUAGCCCCAGCCACGUGAAACAGUGCAUCCUGGCCGAGUCCAGGUUUGACUUUCUGAGGGAUCUGGUUAAAAAUAUACCAGACGUCACAGCGGGGGAGGAGAGAGAAAUGUUGAGCGGGGAGAGUUCACCAAAUUCGUCUAGAUUUUCCGACACAACUGUACCUCGGAGGGUAGUCAGAGAAGACUCGAACAGUUCGAGUAGCUCAGAUGUCAAAGUACAACAAGUGUUGCCAGCGCUCAGAGAAAAAAUUAUCCAACGGAUGACGAGCGAAGAGAAACCAAAUACCCUAGUCCCAAGUCCCGGAAUAGCUAUAGAUCUAACAGUCAAACAAGACAAACCCGUUGUCACGGCUAACUUUUACCAGGAAACCCUACUUGAUGACCACAGGAGCGUCAUCAAAGUCAAUCCAAUUUACUCCCCGCAACCAUCCACAUCAACCCAUACCUUGACUCCCAUGGAGCCAGUCAAAGUGCCAAAGCAAGAUAUAUUCCUAGACGUAAGGAACCAACCCAUCACGCCAGUUUUAAAUAUAGACUUCACCAAGGAUCUGGAGAAACCGGAAAUCAAAGUGCUCGAUCCGGUGGCAAAUAUCGCCGUUAAGAAAAAAAUCCAGAGACAAAACUCGAAGAAGGAGAAGAAGCCGGAAGUUAAGUUUCCCGCGCCGGUUGAUUUGGAUCAUUUGAACGCGGGGAACCUGCAAAUCGACGAAGACUACGAUACCUGAAUACUUGUAAGUUGUUUUGUUCUAAAGUGCUAAGUUAGGUUUCCUACACUUGUUACCUAAUUUAUGAUUUUACUGCCGAGGAAGGUAGUUUUAAGUUUUUUUUUAAUCGUUGAUUCAGAAGACGUCAACGAUUUUUGAUAUUUAUAAGUUGGCAACACUGAUUAAUGUUUGUUGCACUAUAUUUUUCAGACGCAAGGUUGGAAAAUGCACUUUAUAUGAAAAGUAAUAUUAAGAUAAAAGCGUUUGAUUUGAAAUAAUGAAGUAUACAUAGAGGCUUAUGCCCUAACAUUGGGCGUACAUGUGAUUCUAUUUAGGAGAAGCAAUGUUAACAGUUUAAAAAUUAGGUAAAAAGAUGUAGGUUUAAUGUUAGUUUCGAUAGACUGGAUGCUAUAAAAUAUUAAAGUAAAACUGUGUAGAAAUUAAAUGUUAUUAUGAAAUGUUCGUGUAGUGUUUAAAUGUUAAUCAAAUUGCAGUACCUCCAAAAAUAUUUUGUCAUAGCUCCAUUUUCGAACACUUAAUAUAAAAUAGGCUAUCGAUCUAUCGCUUGUCUCUUUCACUCGCGUACGAAUAUUCAUCUAUCUCGUUUAUACAGGUGAUACGAUUGUGUGUGAAUGAAAGAGACAAGUAACGUAGUUAGAAUUUCUUCGUGUUCUGUAAAUAGUCUAUAGAAAUACAAAACUGUCUUUCUAUUUAGCUUGAAAUGUAAAUAAAACCGAUUUGACUAGAUGACAAGAAAAUGUAAGCCAUGAAAUGGCGACCUAAUUUUAGAAGUCCAGCGAACAUGUAAAACAGAGAUCUCAACACAGUCAGUGACUAAAUGCUAUAAAACCACGUGACAUACAAUCCUAUGAGGAUAAAAGGAUGUUUUCGAAUGACAAUGUCGCUCAUGACAAUGUCAUCUAAAUAUAGUUUUGCAUGUUGCCGUUAGCGCUAUAAUAUUAAGUGACAGCUGUUUCGCGUGUUAAUGUCAUCCACGCGCAACCCGCAAGUCAUAAUUGUAAGUCAGAAGACGCCAACUUAAAAUUGCCAUAGAAAAAAGAUACUUAAAGCGCCAUCGUUCAACGAAGUUCAUUCUUUAUUUUACAUGUUCCGGAUGACUGUUUAGUAUUAUUUUACCUCGACGAUUCUAUGUGUGGCUCCCAUUUCGUUGGACCCAAAGUCUCAGAGGAGUCAGAGGUAGAAUGAUUCUGAACGCAAUAGGAAACCUUAGCGAGGCCUGUAGUAACGAAAAGCAAUAAUCGGAUCCAGACUAUUGAAAAGGUCGGUUGGGCGAAAUGGCUAAGGAUUUUUUUCCAUCCAAAAAACUCGAAAUUAUACAAUAGGUCUGAAAGGCCAAAUUUCUGACAUUGUCAUUUGAGUCAACUUGGAUUUUCAACUAUUUUGUAUUAGCCCAGAGUUCUGUGUUUAGUUUUUUACUGAAUUCCUGUAAAAUCUCCUACCCUUAGAGCGAAGCCUCCUACUCCUAUACGUUGCGGUGCAUCACAGCGUCGACUCCCUUAUGUUUACGAUUUAAUUUAUGUUAGAUGCGACGAGUUAAUGCAUCACAUUGAUGCGCUGCGUCGUACAAGCUUUUCGAAGCAACGACGGAGAGGAGAUGAAGUGGGAGAAUGAAUAACGCACUGCGCCGUUGUUUUCUUAUAUUGUGUUGACGCGCGUCGCCGCAAGGCAGGUGCGUUAUUUCAAGCCGCAAUUACCCAAUGCGGCUUCGCUCCUUAACCUAACCCAACCGACAAUAUACGCACUGAAAUUAAUAUAUACUUACGAGUAAGUUAGUCGUUCUAUUUAUGUGUGUGUCGUCAAAUCCACAGGGAUUUUUCACUUGACUUAGUACCCCAUAUAAAAUAAUAACAAUAUUAUAGUCUCAGUAUGUGGCUCCACCCUGUAUAGUAUAAGCAUGGCGUUGGUAGAUGUAAUUGACGCGCCAAAACAUUAUUUGUACCUAUGUGUACAUAAUAGUAUUUCAAAAA